GUCCGGAAAAGUAGAUUACUAUUGGCCAAGAAUUGUAAACAAAAACAUCGCUAUGAGAGGCCAAUCCGUGAAAACUGCCCUGAAAACUGACGACUGCACUUGAAAUUAUAUACACUUUCAAAAUUAAGAUACGUCGAUUUUGACAUUUGGAGAUAUAUACGUCACGUCGAAAUCGACCAGGGCACCCUCUUACAGAAAUCUACGAUUCUCUUUGUAUGAACUAGAUCCAUUAUGAUCUGUAUAAGUAAUAAAAUAGUCAAAUCGUAUACCAUCAGCAAUACCGCAAUUAAAAUCGUGUUUUAUUAUUAUGAUUCCGGAUUACCAAUAUUGUGAAUUUUUUUCGCACGGCACUUUAAUUUCAUACAAGUGUUUCAUUAUUUUGAGGUUUCAAAAUUUAUUUAAUUAUAUUCGAUCAAUAAUUUCGACGACUGAAUAAAAUAUUGAUCACGGAAGUGUUUUUAAUCACUUAUCGAAGUAAUAUUGUUGUCACUCGCUUCCCGCGAGUUUUCUGGUAAUUGAUCAAACAUCGUCCCGCACAUUCGUCAACAAUGGCGAAUUCGGUUGCCGAUAACAAACGGGCUGUUACGAACAAUUUAUCCACUAUUUAUGGCAGAGUGCCAACAAUUGGAACGGACAGGAUGAGGGUGACAUUCUGUACGGAUAUGGACAAGUCCGUUAUAGUUUACAACUUUGAAAAAAGAGGCUGGACUCAAGUUGGUCCAGAAGAUGAUUGGAAUUUUUACUGGGCUGUCACCCAAUCAUGCCGAACUAUUUUUAGCGUGGAAACUGGCUACAGAAUGAGUGAUAAUCAAACCAUCAACCACUUUCCCAAUCACUAUGAACUAACACGCAAAGAUUUACUGGUGAAAAACAUAAAAAGAUACCGAAAAGACUUGGAGAGAGAAGGAAGCCUGCUCGCUGAGAGAGGAGACGGACCAGGAAAAUAUCUUCACCUCGAUUUUAUACCAGUUACAUUUGUACUACCAGCAGAUUAUAAUAUGUUUGUGGAAGAAUAUCGCAAGUCUCCACAAAGUACUUGGAUAAUGAAACCAUGUGGUAAAUCACAGGGGGCUGGAAUAUUCCUUAUAAACAAAUUGAGUAAAUUGAAGCGAUGGUCUCGUGAAGCUAGAAAUCCAUUCAACCCCAACCUUACUAAAGAAUCAUACGUUAUUUCCAGGUAUAUCGACAAUCCACUCUUAAUUGGGGGGAAGAAAUUCGAUCUUCGGUUGUAUGUGCUAAUCACUUCAUUUCGACCCCUAAAGGCAUAUCUUUUCAAGCUUGGAUUCUGUCGAUUUUGCACAGUAAAAUACGAUACUAGUAUUCAAGAACUUGACAAUAUGUAUGUUCAUCUGACAAACGUGUCUGUACAAAAACAUGGAGAUGAAUACAAUAGCUUACAUGGUGGGAAAAUGAGUGUACAAAACUUGAGAUUGUACUUAGAAAGUACUCGAGGAAAGUCUGUGACAGAAAAACUUUUUGCUAAUAUUUCUUGGUGUAUCGUACACUCUUUAAAAGCUGUUGCUCCGGUAAUGGCAAACGAUCGACACUGCUUUGAGUGCUAUGGCUAUGAUAUUAUCAUUGACAAUAAACUAAAGCCAUGGUUAAUAGAGGUUAACGCAUCACCAUCUUUAACUUCCACUACGGUGAACGAUCGAAUUCUAAAGUACAAAUUGAUUGACAACAUUAUAUCAGUAGUCGUUCCUCCCGACGGUGUACCUGACGUCAGAUGGAAUAAGUGUCCGUCGCCUGAAGCUAUGGGGAAUUUUGAGUUACUCCUGGAUGAAGAAUUAGCAGCCCAGGACGAGAGAGACAACCCUACAGGAAAAUUUCGAAAUCAAUCAAACAAAUGGAAAUAAAGUAUUACAUAAGGGAAUUGGAUUCGUUUGCAAAACAGUUGUAGCUGAACCUCACCUCUUAUUUCUUUGGAUAAUAAAGCAGAUAUUCAUAUUUUCAUUAUUAUUAAUAUUACUAUUACUGAAUCUACUUGUAACGUACUUUGGUAAAUUGUAUUGCCGCUAAUGCGGCAAAUGUUGAACGGUGAAUUAAUUACAAACAAACGCAUUUGAAAUACACUUAACGAAUUGUUGAAUUGAUUCAGAAUUCUAAUUCUGCUUCUCUACUUAGAAUGAAUGCUGAUAAUAAUUAGCAAUACUAUGAUUUAAAAUACAUUAACAAAAGUUUUAUUUAUUAUCUUUAUAUUCUUAUAAAUAUUUUAGUUAUAAUGAUGUGAUGCGAUGAUGGCAAACAUACAAAAUAUAGGUCAUAAUUUCAGUCUUGAAUACUAAACGAGAAUAAAAAUUGAAUCAGAAAUCCUGCUCAAAAUACUACCAGUGGAA